AACCGGAAAUUUACAUUCCCCCAGGCCCUCGUCCAUUUUCGAAAAGUCUCCGCAAAAAUAAAAACCCGAGCAUUUUUUCCCUCCCAAACUUGGCGCUUCGUCCCUCUCCCAUUCCCCCCGCUAGGGUUUUCAAAAAAUUCCCGCAAACCCCAAUCACUCUCACUCGGAAAAGAUUGCAACUUUCUCUGUUCAUCGGCGAUCGGAGUUCCUCGGCGUUGAUCAGUCGAGAUGGCGGUCAGCCUGACGGCAGGGGCGAUACGGAAGAUCUGCGACCGGCAGCUGGUGGGGGACAGCGAGCCCAAGCCUGUGCUGCAGGUGACGGACGUGAAGUCGGUGCUGGGAGCCAACAUCCGGAACCCUAACCAGAGGUACAGGAUGAUUCUCUCCGACGGGGUCAACUCGCACCAGGGGCUGCUCACCACCCAGCUAAACCACCUGGUCGACUCCGGCCACUUGCAGAAGAGCUCCAUCAUCCGCUUGAACGAGUUCGUCUGCAGCCUCAUCAAGGACCGCCUGCUUAUUGUUGUGGUUGACAUGGAGGUCAUACAUGACAAGCAUGAUCUUAUAGGAGAACCUGUUGCGUUAAAAAUUUCUGGGACUUCUGUGCAGAACCCACCUGCUGGUUCUAACUCCAAUUAUUUGGACUCUGGGAAGUAUCCUCCGACAAGUGCUCCUCCUAAUAAUUCAAAUGCUGAAGCCAUUGUUCCUAGGCCUGCGCACUUAAGUGGGUUAUAUGGCAAUCAGAAUACAGGCUUCCAUAGUAACAAUGUCAGCGAAGUUUCUCGACCACCGGUCACUUCCUAUGUCCAUCAACCUCAGCCUGCAUACCAGCAGCCCCAGCCUGCAUACCAGCAGCCUCAGCCUGCGUACCAGCAGCCACAGCGAGCAUUCCAGCAGCAAACUCCUGUUUACUUGAAUCGGGGGCCAAUAGCUAAGAAUGAAGCUCCUCCCAGGAUAAUUCCUAUUGCUGCUUUGAAUCCCUACCAGAACAGGUGGACACUUAAGGCGAGGGUGACAUCAAAGUCAGAACUUCGUCAUUAUAACAAUGCGCGAGGUGAUGGGAAAGUUUUCUCUUUUGACCUUCUUGAUUCUGAUGGUGGUGAAAUUCGUGUCACCUGCUUCAAUAAUGUGGCUGACCAAUUUUAUAACCAGAUUGAAGCGGGUAAGAUUUACUUGAUCUCAAAGGGAAGUUUAAGGCCUGCUCAGAGGAACUUUAAUCACCUAAAGAAUGACCAUGAGAUACAUCUCGAGGCAACAUCAAUUGUACAGCCUUGCAUUGGUGAAGAUGAGUUAAUCCCGAGGCAGCAAUUCCAUUUUCAACCCAUUAGUGACAUUGAGGGGUUGGAGAGCAACAGCAUUGUGGAUGUGAUUGGUGUGGUCUGCUUUAUUAGCCCUGCAUCAUCAAUAAUGAGAAAAAAUGGCACCGAAACUCUGAAGAGAACACUCCAAUUGAAGGAUGAGUCAGGGCGAAGUGUGGAGCUGACAAUGUGGGGAAGUUUCUGUAAUGCAGAAGGCCAAAGGCUGCAGACUCUCUGUGAUUCUGGCCAUUCUCCAGUUCUUGCUGUAAAAUCGGGCAGGAUCAGUGAAUUUAAUGGGAAGGCAAUUGGUACUAUUUCUUCGACGCAGCUAACUAUAGAUCCUGAUAUUGAAGAGGCCAGAAGGUUGAAGGAAUGGUUUGAUAGGGAAGGCAAGGAUGCUCCCACUGUCUCUAUUUCCAGAGAAGUUUCAACUAUGAGCCGGACAGAUGUGAGGAAGACAAUAUCCCAGAUCAAAGAUGAGAAACUGGGCACUUCGGAGAAGCCAGAUUGGAUCGCAGUAUGUGCGACCAUUAUGUAUAUAAAGAAUGAUAACUUCUGCUACAUGGGAUGCCCAAUAAUGAUAGGAGAUCGACAAUGCAACAAGAAGGUCACAAACAAUGGGGAUGGGAAAUAUAGAUGUGAUCGCUGUGAUCGAUGUGUUGAUGAAUGCGAUUAUCGGUACAUUCUCCAGCUUCAGAUACAGGACCAUACUGGGAUAGGUUGGGUGACUGCUUUUCAGGAAGCAGGGGAGGAGAUAAUGGGAGUGUCUGCAAAGGAAAUGUUUCAGCUGAGGGCCGAAGGGGAAGACGAGAGAUUCGGAGAAAUUCUCCGAAGGGUUCUUUUCACCAAAUAUGUAUUUAAGCUGAAGGUGAAGGAAGAGAUGUUCAGUGAUGAGCAGCGUGUGAAGUCAACAGUGGUAAAAGCUGAUUUGAUGAACUUUCCAUCUGAGUCUCGGUUCCUUCUGGACUUGCUGGACAAGAGCACCAGUGAUGUCGCAGGUUCUGCUGUUAAGAUGGAACCUAAUGCCAUCCCCGGUGCUACAAUGAGCGGAUUGGUAGGGGGAAGCAGUGGGGUCGUGCAACAGCCUUCAGCAUUGGGUGGGAGCUAUCCAGUGGGUCCUGCAACAACACAGUCGGGUCAGUAUGGAAGUCCAUAUGGUGGUUCUAGGGUCCCUGGGACAAGCCCGCUGAACCCAUCAAGCUGUACGAGCUGUGGUGCAAUUGGACACAGCUCAGCGAACUGCGCGAGCAUCAUGGGUGGGCCGACUCCGGCAACGGGCGGGCAGUAUACAAGCCGAACUGCUUAUGGGCAAGGAGCGAGCGGGGGUGCUUCGGAUAUGUGCUACAAGUGCCACCAGACAGGGCAUUGGGCAAGAGACUGCCCAGGGCUCAGUUCUGUCCCUCCAGCUUAUGGAGGGAGGUAUGGAACAGUUCCGAGGUGAAAGCCUUAUCGUCCUUUUUAAUCUUGGUUACGUUGGCUCCUAUUUUUGUAAUUAGUUAUUUAGUAGUUUGUGUUUGUUUGGAGCUUUGGGCUGAUGUAUAAGCUUUUGGACACCUCUAGCUUUAUGCGUAAAUUUGUAAUGGUGACCCAAAUAUGUACUUUCAUAAUCGAAUGAAAUGUAGGAUGUAGAGUUGAUGUGGUUUGGAGUCCUAGAAA